UCGAGCGGCUACUCUCGGCGCUGUUUGUUUCUAUGAAACUGAAAAUUCCGAGGUCCCUUUAACUCAGCUCGGCUCAGCUCACGUGGAGCUGCUGGCUGGCUGCGACCCGCGUGCAGGCUGUCGGAGUCGUUCACGGACCAGCCCAGAACCGGAGGUCCCACGUUCCCGUUCUCCCUCUCGCCCACCCUGAUCAUUCCCACCCCGUCGAGUGUUUGGGUUUAGCAUACUUGAUAGCCACGUUUUGAAAGGACAAGUCUUCUCUGGGAGUCAAGCUGCUAACUGUCAAGAUGACUGAAGAGCUGGAGCGGAUCCUGUCGCAGCUGACACAGCCGGACAAUGAAGUCAUCCAGCAGGCCACAGUCCUCCUGAAACAGGCUUUCAAAGAUCCAGGCAUCAUACCAGCCCUGUGUGCUGUCAUGUGCAACUCCCAAGACCCCCAGGUUCGCCAGUCUGCUACAGUGAUGCUGAGAUUGAGAGUGAAGAAACACUGGAAAAAGAUUAACCCCAAUGACAGAGAGAGCCUUAAGGCUGUGGUGUUGCAGGCCUUCAUGCAAGAAACGGAGCAUACAGUGCGGCACUCGCUCUCCCAGCUGUGUGCAGUUAUGGUUAAACACGAAACUCCGGAUCGCUGGCCUGCCCUGCUGGAGCUUCUGAAUGAAUCCACCAAGAGCAGCAACGCUCAGGAUAGACAGGUUGGCCUCCUGUUGCUGAAUAAGGUGAUGGAGUCCAACCCAGAACCGUUCAAGCCUCACUACAAUCAGCUGCUUCAGCUGUUCAGUUCUGUGCUACAAGACCACAGCAACCCCUCCGCCUUGUACUACUGCAUCCUGACCCUCACAUCCAUCACAGCUUACACUGGUACAGAGGAGAUGGCCCAGAUGCGUUCCCUCGUUCCGAGCCUGAUUGUUGCUCUGAAACACCUCAUCAAGGCCGAUCAGGAUCAAGCCAGUGAAGCCAUGGAGGUCUUAAAUGAGCUCAUGGAGAGUGAAGUGUCCAUUAUUGUUCCUCACGUCGCUGAUAUUGUCCACUUCUGCUUGGAGGUGGGCAGUGACACUUCACUGAGUGACUCCCUGCGGGUGAAGGGCCUCUCUUGCAUCGCCUUUCUCAUCAAGUUGAAGAGCAAGACCGUGCUGAAGCAGAAGCUGCUGAACCCCAUCCUGCAGACCAUUUUUCCGGUGCUCACUGCGUCCCCCCCACCCGGCGAGCAGGAUCCAGAGGACGAGGAGGACGACAGCGGCGAUGGCACAGACGAUGAAAAUCCCAAACACACCGCCGCUCAGAUAAUUGAUACUAUGGCGCUUCACAUGCCUCCAGAGAAGCUGUUUCAUCAUCUUCUGCCCCUCACUCAAGCCUGCCUCACCAGUGAAAAUCCCUACCAGAAGAAGGGCGGUCUGAUGUGCCUGGCCGUGCUGGCUGAAGGAUGUGCAGACCACAUACGCACCAAGAUGCUGUCAUCAGUGCUGCAGACAGUGUGCCAGAGCCUCUCUGACAGUAACCAGGUGGUCCGCAGUGCUGCGCUUUUUGCUCUGGGGCAAUUCUCCGAAUAUCUACAGCCUGAAGUCAGCAAGUACUGUGCAGAGUUGAUGCCGUUACUGCUGGGCUACCUUUCUUCCUUGAACGACACCAAAGUUGGUCAUGUCACUAAAGCCUUUUAUGCUCUGGAAAACUUCAUGGAGAACCUUGGCGCUGACAUUGAGCCCUACCUGCCCACCCUGAUGGACACGAUGCUGUCUGCUCUCAACAACACUGACAACCUCAAGAUUAAAGAGCUGGCUGUGUCUGCCAUUGGAGCCAUAGCCAAUGCUGCCAAGGAGCUGCUGGUUCCCUACUUCCCUCCAGUUAUUGAAAGCCUGAAAGGCUUCCUCACCACCACCACAGAGGAGAUGCGAUCUCUGCAAACUCAGUCUCUGGAUACUCUCUCUGUGCUGGCUCGAACCAUUGGAAAAGAUGUCUUCAGUCCUCUUGCUGCAGAGUGUGUCGGUUUGGGCCUCAAUCUCACGGACACCAUCGAUGACCCAGACCUAAGACGCUGCACGUACAGUCUGUACUCUGCUGUAUCCACAGUCAGCCCUGACUGCCUCAUUCCUCAUCUCACCCCGAUAACCACCAUCAUGUUGCUGGCCCUGAAGUCCAAUGAAGGCAUCACGGCCCACCUUGAGGAGGACAAGACGUUCGUCCUGCUGGACGACGACGACGACGAUGAGAACGAAAACGAAGAACAAAAUGACGCGGAGCAUUUUUUGGAAGAUGAGCCGGAGACGGAUUUGCAUGAUGUAGCAGGGUUCAGUGUGGAAAAUGCCUACAUCGAUGAGAAGGAGGACGCCUGUGACGCUCUGGGAGAGAUUGCCUUUAACACUGGAGCUGCCUUCCAGCCCUUCCUGGAGUCCAGCUUCCAGCAAGUGUACGAGCUGAGAGAUUUUCCCCAUGAGGACGUCCGCAGGGCCGCUUUUGGAGCCAUGGGCCAGUUUUGCCGCGCUCAGCACAAAGUGUGGAAGGAAAAUCCCACCGAGACCAACCACCAGGCCCUGUUGAAGCUGCUGGACGUGGUGCUUCCCUGCUUUUUGGAAACUGUGCGGAAGGAGACUGAGCGGCAGGUCGUGAUGGGCGUCCUGGAAACCAUGAACGGCGUCAUCAAGUCGUGUAAAGGAGAAGCUUUUCAAAACCCCACGCGCCUCAAAGACGUCAGCCACGUGAUCCGAGACGUGCUGAAGAAAAAGACUGUUUGUCAGGAUGCUGGUGGCGAUGAAGCUGAUGAUGAAGAACAACAGGCCGAGUACGACGCCAUGCUUCAGGAGUUUGCAGGAGAAGGAAUCCCUCUGGUGGCGUCUUCUGUUCCUGCAGACAGCUUCGCCCCCUUCCUCAACGACCUGCUUCCCCUCAUCAUGGCCAAAGCGAAAUCUUCCUGCCCGGUGUCAGACCGGUCCUUCUCCGUGGGGACCAUUGGAGAAAUCCUUCAGGCUCUCGUCAGCGUGCCGGGAGGCCGCGGCGUAGCGGGCCGCCUGUCCAACCGCUUGCUCCCAGUGCUGGUGGCCGGAGUGAGGGACAGUGACGCCGAGGUCCGCAACAACAGCGUGUUUGGACUGGGCUGCCUGGCGGAGGCCGCCGGACCCAUCAUCGUGUCGGACUAUCCCACCAUGCUGUCUGUGUUUUCCAAUAUGCUCUCCAAGGAGUCAGACCUGCGAGUGAUCGACAAUCUGUGCGCCGCCCUCUGCAGGAUGAUCCUGAGCAACGUGGACGCCGUUCCUCUGGAUCAUGUCGUACCUGCUCUGGUGGGUCAUCUUCCUCUCAAAGAGGACCUGGAGGAGAACAAGACGGUGUUCAGCUGCCUGGCCUUGCUCUACAAACACAGUCGUGAUCUGGUUGUGAAGUUGAUGAAGCCCAUAGUUGCUGCCUCGGGUCACGUUUUGGGCAACAAAAACGUCGAUCAAGAGGCGCAGAGCGCUCUGGUCGCCCUCCUGAAAGAAUUCGCCCAGAACAACGGCGCAGACUUCCAGGCAGCAGUGACUUCGCUUCCUGCAGAGCAGCAGGCCCACCUGAGCGCGGCGGUCGCCGCCUCGUAGCCCGCAAACGGCAGCAGCCGGCGAAGAUGAAGGUGUUUUAUACUGUAGCUUCAAAUCUGGACAGUUUGACGUGAGACGAUUCCCAGUUCGGGGUAAAUUCAGCACUUCGAUUACUCUGCAAGAGUUAUUAUCAAAUUCUACAGUUGUGACAGUUAACUUUUUAUUUAUUUACUCGUUUGCAUGCUUCCCUGAAGUUUUAUUAGUUUAAGUUCUGGCUCACCAUCCUGUAGUUUGUAUUUUGUUUCCUGGUUCUUUCUGCACAGUGUUUUCAAUAUUAGUGCCACAUUUCUGUCCUUUCUUUCCAUCAAUUGUAAACAUGAACCACAAAAUGUUUAGGAGCCGACUGGAACCUCCAGAGCUCCGUGUGUUCGCCUCCAGCUUCCAGCACUGCCUUAUUCAGAGAUGAUUCCUCGGCUGCUUCCAAAGUGGUUUCUGUAACAGCAGCGUAACUCUGUGCAAAGCUCACUAACUCCUCAGAUGUUAUUAAAA